AUGAAUGUUUUGAAAGAGAUAAGCUCUGCUUCCAGAGAUAUCAAGCUUCUAUGGGCAUCCGUUUUCUUCAGGCUUUUCGCUUACGGUUUAACGAACCAGGUGCUGACACUUUUCCUCAAUGAUUUACAUUUAUCUGAAAGUAAAAUUGGUUGGUUUAUGUCAUUGACCUUAAUAGGCGAUGUGGGUUGCUCUUAUGUGUUGACGUGGCAUGCUGAUUCUUGGGGUAGAAGAAGAAUUCUAGUAUAUGGUUCUGUUAUGAUGGUUCUGAGUGGGUUUAUCUUCGCUUACAGUGAAAACUUUCAGUUAUUACUAUUGUUCGCUAUCUUUGGUGUCAUAUCACCUUCAAGUGAUGAAGUAGGACCGUUCAAGUCGAUUGAAGAAUCUAUGAUUGCACAUUUGACACCACAUAAUAAGAGACCAGAAGUUUACGCAAUCCAUUCGCUGGUUGGUACAACUGGUGCAGCUCUUGGGGCUAUCGCGUGUGGUGCUUUUAUCGACUUAUUAAAAUAUGCGAAUCUAGCUACGACAGAUCUUGAGUGUUACAAAUUGGUGUUCUUACUUUAUGCUGUAUUUGCCAUGGCCAAAGUUAUCAUUAUGCUACUUUUAUCAGAGAACACUGAAUUGGAAGCCAAUCAUGAAGAGGUGUCGUCACCAGAGGCCCUAGUGAAUGAUGAAAUGGCUCCACUUCUACAAACAGCUGAAAACAGGAAAAGAGGUUUAUCGAAGGAAACUAUAGCCGUACUGUUGAAAUUGUUGGCAAUCUUCAUGUUGGAUUCUUUGGGAAGUGGGUUUAUGACAAGUGGUUGGAUGGUUUACUACUAUGCCAAAGUAUUUUUAAUGAGCUCUUUUGCUCUAGGAGCAUUAUUCUUUGUCUCAAAGAUCGUCAUGGCUUCCUCGACAAUCCCAUCAUCAGUGAUGGCUAGGACGUUCGGUCCCGUUAAAGCCACCCUGUUAGUGCAAGUACCAUCAGGAAUCUUCUCAAUUUUAAUUCCUUUUGCUGAGGCUUGCUUGCCGCUUUCUGUUAUCUUGCUAAAUUUACAUUUCGCCACGACUGCGAUGGAUGUUAUACCUCGCCAAGUCUUAUUGACGAAUAUCAUCGCAGCAAAAGACUUGACUAAAGUGAUGGGCAUCGUGAACAUCGGCAAGACUUUGGCGCGUUGCAUUGGUCCCAUCUUUACAGGUCUCUUAGCAUCGAUGGAUCGCUUAUGGUGCUGUUACAUAAUCAGUGGUGUGCUGGUAAUUCUUGCUGAUUGCUUGCUUGCAUUUUGGUUUUUACCAGUGGACUUCAAGCUAUCAAAGCAAUUGAAUACAAGCUAA